AUGGCGUUGACAAGAAAAGACUACACGGAAAUAUCAAUUUCAAUGUUAUUUGAAAGUGAUUCUGAAAGCAGCGAUGAAGAUGAUCUUGACAUAGCACUAAUUGAACACAUGUUUACAUCCACGAAAUGCAGGCUUCCACGAUUGAAUAUUGAAGAUCUCAGCGACUGGCAAUGUGAAAAAAUGUUCAGAUUUCACAAGGAUGACAUGUUGCGCCUUUUUGCUGCGUUGAGGAUUCCUGCAUACUAUCGAGCAGAACAAAGGACAAAAGCUUCUGGUAUGGAAGCUCUGAUGAUUCUUCUGAGGCGUCUGGCCUAUCCAAACAGAUGGUGUGACUUGGUAGGCAUUUUUGGAAGGAGUGAGUCUCAACUAAGUUUGAUUUUUAACAAGAUAUUAGAUGACAUAUACAACCGCUUUGGCCACCUCCUUGACUCAUUGGACCUAGUUUGGCUUGAUCCAGAGUGCUUUGCCCAAGCCAUUCAUUGUCAAGGUGCACCACUCACACAGUGUUGGGCAUUUAUUGAUGGUACUGUGCGACCAAUAGCACGACCUGUAGUUAACCAAGACAUAAUGUACAGUGGACACAAACGAGUUCACUGCAUCAAGUUUCAGGCAGUCCAUGCCCCAAAUGGUCUAAUUGUCAACUGGUUUGGACCAAUAGAGGGGCGAAGGCAUGAUGCCUUCAUGCUUAGUGUAAGUGGUCUUACAGAAAAAUUGCAAAAUAUUGAAACACCUGAUGGUGAGCUGUAUGUCCUUUAUGGAGAUCCUGCAUAUGGUAUUAAUGACUGCAUCCUGGCACCAUAUCGAGGUGCACAAUUGACACAGAAUCAAAGCGAAUUCAACAAGCGAAUGAGUAAAGUUCGUGUUAGCGUGGAGUGGGGAUUUGGAAAGUUGUGUCAGUAUUUUGCCUUUCUGGAUUUCAAAAAGAACCAGAAAAUUUUGCUCCAACCCUUGGGAAAAUACUAUUUGGUUGGAAGUGUUCUAAUUAAUUGCCAUACCUGCCUAUAUGGUUCUGUAACAAGUUCAUUCUUUAAAGUUCAGCCCCCUUCAUUAGAAACAUAUUUAUCAAAUCAGUUAUAG